GUUGACGCGAUGCACCGCGUCGUGCCGGGCCCGGUGGCCGACCACAUUCGGUCGCUUCCACGCCACCAACUGGGGCGUGUACUAUGCAGCGCCCUCUCCAUGUGCGUCUCGAUCGCCGCAGGGAUCUAUUACCUCGGACUGCUCGCGCCCGCCUUUGCCAACGAUUUAUGGUGGCCCGAGUACAACACGACCGGAUACGAAGCCUUCUUGAUCGACGCCGCCAACACCUUGCUGGCGCCAACGUCCGUUGAGUCGACUAUCUUUGACUUGCUCUCGCCGAGAGCCAUGCAGCGCCGCGACUAUAGCGCGUCACCAACGCGCGUCAGCAUGCACGCGACAUACACGCGCUAUUUGCUGCUCACGAACCUCACGUCGCUCACCUAUGCAGUGACAAACCUUCGGACGCUACCAGCAAGCGACGCGCUUUGGGUGGGUGCGCAGUACUGCUACGUGGACUUUGAACGUGUCUUUGAGAUUGCACACACGGCCAAACGACAAGCGCGGUGCGCGCUUCGGUACCGACACAACAGUGCCGUGUACUUGGAGUCGGUGCUCCGCAACAUUCCUUGGGACGCCUUCCUCGCCGUGUACGGUGGCGUCGGCGGUAUGUUCACCGUGGGCCUUCAAAAUGGCCUCGAAGCAACUGCUUUUGGCCAAGCCUGGUUGCGCAACACGGCCAAUGCAUGGCACCGCACGAGUGUCGCCGAUGAAGUUGCGCUCUGGGCGGCCAAUAACUUGACGACGUUUACCAUGAUGUGGCAAAACGCUGCCGAGACCGGCCUCCAAGAAGUUGUCGCGCUGCAAAAUGCACUCGGGUUAACCUUCGACGUGGUCGUCAAGGACUCGCCGUUCCAGCGCACGGGCUGGACGUCUCUAUACGCGUACUGGUUCUUCUACAACGACUUGUACUUUAUGCAGCUUUGCAACCAAAGCCUGAUUGCCACAUCACCCAACGACUUUCGUCUCGGGCAGCCGACGUCGACGGGUGACUUGGAGGGGUUUUUAGGCCUCACCAACGACGACAAUGUGUUUGUCAACCAGACGGAUCUUGUCCGACGUCGCAUUGGCCCGUUCUUGUCGAUCGACUUGUACUUUCUCGCGGUGCCGCCGUCGCUCUGGCGUGCGGUGGAGCUCUUUCAACUCAACUUGGCGCGCACGGUUCUCGACUCGCCGUGGCCUCCAAGCUUGGUCGUCGACCCGGUGCCGCCUGCGUGGACGCUGGACCCGCGAUUGGUAUAUUACGGCGGCAACCCCUUUUGUCUCCAUGGCGCUCCGAGACAAAUUGUGCAGGCCAUGUUUAGCUACUAUGACGUGUGCGACGCGCAGCCGCCGCUCCAGCUCGAGCUGUCGUGGGACGCCACCUUGCUCUCUCUGCUCGCCACGCCGGACGCUAUACAGCGCACGCACGCCAUUUGCGCACUUCAGACGCGCGCACCAGCGUGCAGCGCGCAGCUCGACGCCGCGGCCAUCGAGCUCGCCCAUUGGCGCCAUGACUCGCUUGUUGCAGCGCUGGCGCAGGCAGCCACUGACGUGCGCGCGACGGGGCUUAGCAUCAUGCAAUUUGCCUCGAACGGGUCCGAGUGGCGACUUCUCGACGCGCCGCUUGUCGAUCCUGCGUCGCUGCAUACGUUCUUUGGGUGGAUCUACCUGUACGAGUGGGCACUUGGGGACCGCGAGGCCGUCGUCUUUGAUGGUGACGAAGGCGCGCUGGCGCUCGUUUCGGCUCGCUACACGCCGUACACGAUGGCCGACAGCGCCCGCGUGCUCACGAGGGCGUCUCGCUUUGUGCUCUAUAUUGUCUACUAUGCGAGUGCUGUCAUUGUCGUCGUCGCACUCCUUGUGCUGUUGCACAUUUCCAAGUCGGUUGUGAGCGCCAACCUUCUCGCGUUUCACCGUCUCGUCGGCGCCGUCUGGCUCGGUCGGCCCAUCAUGGCGCUGCGGGGCAGCACUGCGCUGAUCCUACUGAGCUCGGCUGAAAUCGUCUUGGGGCGAGGACAGAUGACGUCGAUGCUAACGUGGCGCCGACGGCCAGUUCUAUCGACCAUUGUGCUCACGACCGAAGCAACGUGGCUCACCGUCGCGCUCGGCGACCUAACGCUCGUGCUGACGCGCGACCCGAUUGUCGUGGGACCGACAGCAAGUCUCGUCGUGUGGCUGUGUCACUUCGCUAUCACACUGGUCUGGCCCGUCGACUUGACUGGCAUUCUGGAUCGAAAUUGCUCUGCGACACAAAUGGACCACCUCUUGCACUGCCGCAGCGCGGUCGUGGCCGUCGGGUCCACCUCGCGUCUUUGGCUUCUCGUCAGCGUUCAGCUCGGCAUAGGGCUCGUACUGCUGCCUCUUGUCGCGUGGUAUCGACGGAAACAACAUCACACCCCGAAUGAAAAAUACGUGGCACUCUCUGCGGCCGCGAAUGCUCUCUUGCAGCCUGUACAACCCCCCACCGGCUUUGACCGCGUCGCGUGCGUUCUCGCCGGUUCAAUUCCGAUUCGGUCUCUUGGUGUUGUCUUUCAUAUACCGCUGUGGAGUACCCGGCCGUUUGAGGCGACGGCGCACUGCCUCCAUCUGCCACUGCCGACCCUACACGCUGUCCCAGCCGAGACCGCCAGCGAGUUGCCUGUCGUGGUGCACCGGCCUUUCUUGAAACAGGUGCUCGCACACGUCGGGGUCCUCUACAUGCUGGUGUCGAUCGGCGGCAGCGUCUCGUACCUCCAAGUCUCGGCCGGUCACUUGACGAACGAUGUGUUUUGGCCCGACUUCAACAUGAGCACCAUGCACGUCUUCUUGGCAUCAACAUUUGUGCACCUGCGGCUUCUGGGUGCAGCCGACGUGAAUUCACUCACCACGAGCAACACCAACGUGCUCGCGAGCACAACGACCACUAGCAUCAAGACACCAGCCAACCUUGCGGCGACCCAGCAACUGGCCAUGGCGAGCGACAUUGCAUCGGUUGUCUCGAGUCUGCGGUCGGCCGAUGCGUGCAGCGUGCCGUGGAUCGCGACGGCGUACUGUUUCUUGGAUGUCGAGCGACGCUGGGAGCUCGCCUUUUCGUCGGCGCGCCAAGCCCGCUGCCACCGACGCGCAACGUUGUCGAACGGCGCGGUCUUCUUGGAGCUGCACCUGCGCAACUUGGAGGCAAGCGCGUGGCUGGCCUGUGGCAACGGCGCCUUUGAUUCAACGCACAAAGCCCUCGACGCCUCGCUCGACGGCCGCGCGUUCUUGGCACGUUCGCUGUACGCGCCGCUGUUGCAAUUGCCGGACGAAGUUGGCUUUUGGACCACGCACAAUGUGUUUCGCUAUGUUUCCAUGUGGCAAAACUACAAGAUACUGGGCCUGCAACUGCACUACGAUAUCUCGAAUGCGUACGGCGCCUUGUUCCAUUUCACCAUUUCCAGCACGAGCGGGCGGUUCCGCUUGGCGGCGCAGACCUCGUACAAAAUGUACUGGCCGCUCGCAGCGCUCUACGGCAGCGGAAAUACCAGCGAACGCUACGUCAAUGGCACGUCGCUCCUACGAGGGUUGCCCCAUUACCUCUUGGAGGCAAUCAAUGCCGAGUCCCUCCUGAUGCGGAACGGGACACUGCCGAGUCCGCUCGGCGUGGGUUUGGCCGCCACGCGCCAGCGUCUCGGGCCGUUUGGCACCAUCGACAUGACGUACGUACCCGCGCCGGAAGCAUUGGUAGAUGUCGUGCGGGCGUUCUCGAGCGCUGUGACGGUCGGCCGUGUCGCUUCGUUAGAAGCCGGUACGGCGUACGUCACUCUUGGCACCAGCGUCAACUUCAACUACCUGGUUGUGCCCGAGGCGUGGCUGCAGCUCGACUUUAUCGCUCUGGGCGGCUCGCCGCUCUGCGACAUCAGCCUUGUCUCGGCAGGAGCCAAGAUCUCGACGGGUCUGCUGACACUCUUCUUGAGCGACGGCAUUUGCGCACCGUCGCCGCUGCAGAGUACACUGUACCCGACGCCCGAAGCGUUUAUCUUUGCGACGAUGCUGACAAGUGCCAACUGGACGCGGCUGUGUGCGCAAGAGGUGAGCGGCGCAUCGGCCUGUCAUGCGGGGCUCGUGGCGGCAACUGCGUUCUUGGAAGCGGCGCCGCUACCCCCAACACCGGUACUGACAUCGCUCGUGGUUGAUCUCCGCCACAUGAAUAUCAGCUUGUUUCAACUCGGAACGCUCAACGUCUCGGUCGUCGAUGUCCGUGUCUUCGAGUACCCGCUGCGAUUCGACGACGACGACCCAUUUACGUUUUUUGCGUGGUGGUUCCUCUUUGAUUGGGUGCUCGGCCGGCGGGAGGUCGUGCUCUUUGAAGGUGACAACGGGAUCAUGACGCUGCUCUCGGACCUCAUCCAAUACCUCGAGAACACCGUCGACAGAAGCGAACUCCCGACAACGUUUGCGGCGUAUGCGACCGCCGGUGUUCAGUACGUCACGACGGUCACCUUGGCGCUGGCAACCGUCACGGGCGUCUACGUGCUUCUCGGCUGCGGUUGCAUCGAGGGACGGAAUCUCUGGUCCUUGCACAGUGUCGGCAGCGUCACGUGGGUCGGACGACCGCUUCUGCUGCUUCGAAGUCUCACGGCAAUCUCGAUUCUCUCGACAGCUAUGCUGCGGCUCGAGCGCGGCCAAAAUGACAACUUUUUAAUGCUGCGGACGCAGACGAAUCCGUGGUACACGACGCUACUCGCCGCCAGCGAAGUCACGUGGCUCAGCGCCGUCUCGAUCGACAUUUGGAUCAUCGCCACGCGCGAACUCACGCCGUCGUUCACGCUCCUCAACACGACCUUAGUGUGGGUCGUCGCAUCGCUCUUGAGUGUCGUGUGGCCACCAGCCCACGCCGUGACGGUGACGCCGCCAUCCGACUGUCGCCUGAUCCAAGUCGACUUUCAGUUUACGUGCCUUGCUGCCUCGGUCACGAUCGGACACGCAAGUCGCACGCUGCUUCUCGGUCUCCUCGUGCUUGGCGCCCACGGUCUCUGCUACCUCUGCGCGCGGCAGCUCAAGGGUGCAGCGCGCCAUUCGCGCGUACUCUCCUACUGGCUUUCGUCAGGUGCGACGUACCUCUUUGCGCACGACGCGUGGCGCUACCGCCAUCUCGUGUACCUCGACCGCGCAUCGGCGGUCUACAGCGGACUUCUGAGCGUCCGUCGCGGGCGUGUCAUGUACGUUUUUGACGUCAAGACGUGGCGGACGUUUGCAAUUUCGCUGUUGCCCGAAGCCGACACGCCGUUGCACCUCCGGCACGCGAUUCCUCUCACCGAUUAGACUGCUGACGCAUGUAGUCUCAUGUGCGAAGGUCAUUUGACAACCCGAAAUUGUGCAAAGUGCAUUUUACUACACACGUUUACCGGAUUCGCUCGAAGGUACUUUAC